CACAGAUGAUUCGGGGACUAGGAUUUCUUCCUCAAUGGAGUAAUGGAAAGGAAGCAAUGCACAUAAAGGAUGCUGUCUAAAUGCGCAUAAACAAUGCACCAAGCCAAUGAGCGUUGCAAGAAGAAUGCUGAGAUUCGAAAAAAUCAACUUCCUCAUACUUGCGGUGCUAUGAGUUUGGCUAGAAGAAGGGCUGCAAUGAUUGUUUAAGCACUUAACUUAGAUAAGAUAUAUGUUCUCAAUUAAUUACUAACAUUAUUCAUUUUAAAAAUUUCAGAAGGCGAUGGGAAAAGCUUUUGAUCGAGGCAAAAUAUGGACUGAGACUCAUAAAAGGAAAGAUGGGAGUUAUGUAACUGAUGAGGCUAGGGUGAUUGGGGAAAGAAUAGAAGAAAUUCGAAGUGAAAGAGCAGAAAGUCUUGAUGAACCUUCACCAAAUGAUGCCCUUGGCAUAGUAUUCGGUCCCGAGCACCCCGGCCGUGUUCGAGGUUUAGGCUUGGGUGUAGUUCCAACUGUAGCAUUCAAACAGACAUCUGUGAGAUACCGUCGUGGUUAUGUGGGUUCAUCUAGCACUACCGCUCCAACUCCGGCGUGGCAGCAAGAGAUGACACAUGUGAAAUCAAAACUAAAUGCACUAAUUAGCUUAUAUGAAAGGAACAUAGGGAAUAUCCCCGAGGAGUUUGCUCACUUAUUUUCCACUCCUCCACAGGCACCAGAUUUAGGAAGUGAUGCACCAGUUGAACCAAGAAGAUCUUUAGAUGAAAGUAACAAUGAUGAUUGUCCAAGUGUGAAUUAGUGAUUAUUUUAUAGGAUCAACUAUGGAUCUUUUGGAUAUUACUGUGGAAAUACACUUUUAAGCAUUAAUAUUUGGAUGUAAUUUUGGUAUACUUGUGUAAGUGUGAAUUUGUGAUUAUUUUGUUGGAUCAACUAUGAAUCUUUUGGAUAUCACUGUUGAAAUACACUUUGAAGCAUUAAUA